GGCAACAUGGUUCCACAAGAGAAAGGGCUUCGCUAUCGGCAUCGUGGCCUAACCUACAGCCGGGCUCGUCAUGCCAGUCAUGCUUCGCUUUCUCAUCACGUCGCAAGGUUUCAACAAUGCAGUGAGAUAUGUCACCAUAGUCAUAUCUGUUGCGAGUUUCGCGGCAGUGCUGCUGGCUCGACCCAACCCUGCGCAUACGUUUAGAAAACCAGAAAAGUGGUUGUCAAAGAGAACGUGGGUUGAUACAUCGGCAUUCCGUGAUGCUGCAUUCUGUUGGUUCACAGCAUCGAUUGCUGCAUUGUUCCUCGGCUUUUACUGCGUGUUUUUCAACCUUGAAGAAUGGGCAGCGACCAACGGCAUUGCCUACAAAGGUACAGCUCCAUCAGGAGGACAGACAACUCUAUCGACAUACUGGCUGCUGAGCAUCAUGAAUGGCUGCAGUACAUUCGGCCGACUCAGCUCGGCAUGGCUCUGCGACCGAUUCGGAGCGCUGAAUGUUCAUAUGACGGUGACGAUCGUGGCGAGCAUUCUUUGCCUAUUUCUGUGGACGUUUGCCAACACCCUGGCACCUGCUUUGGCUUUUGCCAUACUGUUUGGAGCGUUCUCCGGCAGUGUGAUCGGACUACCCCCAGCAUCGAUGGCGGCAAUCCUUGGACCCGAGGCAGACAGACAGGCCAAACUUGGGCAGUGGACAGGCAUGAUGUAUACAGCGGCAGCGCCAUUUGCCUUGGUCGGACCUGUGAUUGCCGGUCAUUUGGUCACGAGGUACGACACGUACCUUGGAGUACAGAUCUGGAGCGGAGUUUGUCUGCUUCUAAGCGCCAUCUGCAUGGCCAUGGCAGUGCUCGUCACGCGCAAGAAGUCAAUGAGCAGUGGCAGGGAUGAAAAGGUGUAGAUGCAUCUGUAGCAAAGCACAGUCACACCUAUCGACGGACCCAAGGCAGGGGAUCUUCGAAAGGAGGUAUCUCGGUCUAUCGAUUCAAAUGCAGAAAGAGUCGUGCCUUGAAAUAGCCAUUGAACGGGACGGCAUUACGCACACUAAAGGACGGACCGGCGUUCAAGGGAGGAUUAGAACAAGAUUAGAUAUGAUCAACGAAUGUAAUGACUCGAGAUUCAAGCA